AUGGCUCACCGCAAAAUAAAAAUGUUCAAUCAAGAAUAUAGAUCGACAGAUAACUCAGGCUUCGAUUCACUUCAACUAGAUAAAUCUGCUUUAAUAUCUCAACCAGGACGAGGUGAAGUGCUAAUCAAAUUUCAUGCUGUUUCGCUCAACUACAGGGAUUUGUGCAUUAGCCGAGGAGAGUAUUCAAUGCCAACGAAACCAGACACUGUACCAGUUAGUGAUGGUGCAGGUGAAGUAACAGCUGUUGGUGAAGGAGUAAGAGUUCUCAAAGUUGGCGAUCGUGUCUCACCUAACUUCAUUCUCGAUCACUUAGGUGGACAACUUGCAGAAGAGAGUCUCAAAUCAGCUCUUGGUGGUGCCAUUGAUGGUUGUCUACGUCAGUAUGGCGUCUAUCCAGCUGUGAGUUGUGUCAAGAUUCCGCAUUGCCUCUCUUAUGAAGAAGCAGCAACAUUACCGUGUGCAGCGCUGACAGCAUGGAAUUCACUUUAUGGGUUGGCAGAUAGAAAACUGGAACCGGGUCAAACUGUUCUCGUACAAGGCACUGGUGGUGUUGCUCUCUUUGGUGCACAAUUUGCAAUAGCCGCUGGCGCAAGGGUCAUUAUAACGUCGUCAUCCAAUGAGAAAAUUGCUGCUGUAAAGAAAUAUUUAGGUGAAAAGAAUGUUUGCACAAUUAAUUAUCGUGAAACACCAGAAUGGGGCAAGAAAGCGAAGGAAUUGAGUCAUGGAGGUCGAGGAGUUAACCAUAUUUUGGAAGUUGGUGGUGAAAAGACUUUGCCACAAUCAUUAGAAGCUCUUGCUUUCGGUGGCUCAAUUGGCAUUAUCGGAUUUGUUGCAGGAACCGACGUUUCGAGCUCUACUGGAAAUGGCAUUACGAUGCAAAUAUUAAUGAAGAACGCCAAUGUUCGUUCAGUUUUGAUUGGUAGCGUAGAGCAAUUUAAUGCUAUGAACGCGGCCAUUGAAAUGCAUAGGAUUAAACCUAUUGUUGACAAGGUCUUUGAAUUUGAAGAUUUUACGGAUGCAUAUGAAUACUUAUUUUCACAGAAGCAUGUGGGAAAAGUCGUUGUCAAGAUACCGGAAUAA